AUGGGAAUCAGCGACAACGAUGUUCAGAAGCAGCUCCGCCACAUGAUGGCUUUCAUCGAGCAAGAAGCCAACGAGAAGGCUGAAGAGAUCGAUGCCAAGGCUGAGGAAGAGUUCAACAUUGAGAAGGGACGCCUCGUUCAACAACAACGUCAAAAGAUCAUGGAAUUCUUCGAAAAGAAGGAAAAACAAGUCGAGCUUCAACGCAAAAUUCAAGCUUCCAACUCUCUCAAUGCUGGACGUCUCCGUUGUUUGAAGGCUCGUGAAGAUCACAUCGGUGCCGUACUUGACGAGGCUCGUUCAAACCUCUCUCGUAUCUCAGGAGACGCUGCCCGUUACCCAGCUAUCUUGAAGGGACUUGUCAUGCAAGGACUUCUUCAAUUGCUCGAAAAGGAAGUCGUUCUUCGUUGCCGUGAGAAGGAUCUCCGUCUUGUUGAGCAACUCUUGCCAGAGUGCCUCGAUGGACUUCAAAAGGAGUGGGGAAGCACCACAAAGGUUGUCAUCGACAAGCACAACUUCUUGCCAUCCGAAUCUGCCGGAGGUGUUGAGCUUUCUUCUCGUGCUGGAAAGAUCAAGGUUUCAUCUACUCUUGAAAGCCGUUUGGAACUUAUUGCUAGCCAGAUUGUUCCACAAGUGAGAACAGCUCUCUUCGGACCAAAUCCAAACCGCGCUUUCUUCGAUUAA